GAUGACACAAGAGCACAGAGUUCCUGCCAACAGCAGCCACUACAGGGUCGCCAUCUUGGGGGGAAAAAAAAAAAUUGCAGCAUACCAGCUACAACAACACACAAAUCAUAAAAGUUUCCUAAAGGAAAAUGUUCAUAUUUAAAUAAGUAGAGUAAAUAAAUCAUAAACAGGAUUUUACAGUUUAAAUGCAAAUGUUGAUGCUCCUCUUAGACACUGUUCUUUGUUCUCUUUCGGGUGUACAAGCAGCUGUCUUGUUUGUAUGUAAGUGUUUUACUGCUGUGUUUAUUUUUUUCAUGAGUUUUUGUAUUGCUUCGCUGAUGUACCGUAUGGUUUCGACAUCUUGAAUGUCAACAUGGGGACUGAUGAGAUCCUCAGAGACAGAACAGCGGCAAACAGCUUCCCGCCAAGAAAAAGAAGAGGUCCAAGAAAAAAGUGUCGGCCGCCAAGUCCGCCGCCAAGGGCAAGAAGAGCGACGCCCAAGCAGGACGCUCCUCGUCCAGCCCCAAGAAGUCCAGAGCGGGGAGCAAGUCCAAGGCCAUCGUCAUGGACUCCAGCACAGACGACGAGAAGCAUGACGAGGAAGAGAAGGUGACGGCGAGGGACAAGUGGUCGGAAAAAGAGGAAGAGUCGUUGGAAAAAGAGUUGAAAACUUACCUGCACGACGAAGUGUGCACUUGGAUCUUCAAUCCGCCAAACUCUUCCCACAUGGGAGGAGUGUGGGAAAGACUAAUUGGCAUCACGCGCCGUAUCCUGGAUGCAUUGCUCCUUAAGGAGGGAGGCUCUCACCUUUCUCAUGAGGUGCUCACCACUCUCAUGGCUGAGGUCAUGGCAAUUAUAAACGCAAGACCUCUCAUUCCAGUUUCAACUGACCCAGAGAUGCCAGCAAUACUAACACCUGCAACCUUGCUGACACUGAAGAGAGACGUCAUAUCUGCACCGCCAGGAGACUUCAACGUGAAAGACAUCCACUCACAACAAUGGCGGAAAGUCCAAUCUCUCUCUGAUAGAUUUGGGAAGCGAUGGAAACAAGAAUACCUGUCAACCAUACAAACUAGGAGAAAAUGGUAUGCAGAAAGGCCUAACCUGCAAAUUGGAGACCUAGUACUACUGAAAGACGGCCAGGUGAGAAGAAAUGAAUGGCCCACUGGACUCAUCGUCAAGUCUAUCAACAGCCAUGACAACAAAGUAAGAAAAGUAGAUGUUAAGAUCAUCCGACAAGGUACUCCAAUAAUCUACACUAGACCUGUUUCAGAGGUUGUGUUGCUCCUUCGUAAAGAGACUGUAUAGUGGUAUAAAACAUUAUACCAAGCGGGGAGUGUUAUGCCCGUUUGAUUGUGGACUAUUACUGACACCUUGUGGCGAUGGGAAAUGCUCCGCGUCAUUAGUUUGGUCACUUCCGGUUUACUUUGGGCACUCCCGGUUUACGAUGUUUGUCUAGUUCAUAAACAAUAAGAAGUAGUCGAGUUGUGUUAACUCUUACAAGCCUUGGAAAAGAUAAGUCUGUAAGUAAACUGUUUAACUUGUUUAUGUAACUCAAUACUAAGGUGGAAAGUUGCUAAGUUUGAUAGUAAGAUGUGUAUUGAAAAACGAUUUUUGGGCACUAAUUUAAUGAAUGUUUGAGGAUUUAAAAUGGCUGCUGGUCGCAUAUUUCCACCAUCGAAAUAGUUUCAACACUCAGCAGUAUUUGUUUGGCGAUAAUGCUGUAUAUUUGUGUGAAGCUAAUGUUUAGAUAUUGUGUAUAACAUUUCAGUAUGUUAAUUGAAUCAUAUAGCUUAUACAUUGUCAUUGUGUGUAUUUCAGUUUUACAAUAAUAAAAAAUAAAAGUUAAUAAAUAAAAAGAAAAGUUCUUUUUCAAUUUCGUUUUCGCUAUCUGCCUCCAUACUCCAACCAUCCCUUUCAAUACAUGCGUAAUCUGUUGAAUCGCUUAAGCCGCUGAAAUCCGAGGCUGAAUCCGAGCUAAUGUCGCUAUAUCUUGCUAUGGUAACCGCCAUGUUGUUUGUAUUGGCAUCGCUAUGUGACGUCACAGGAAAAUGAACAGUGGCUUCGCACAUAGCCAAAAUCAAGCACUUUAAAGUUUUUUUUAGGGAUAUUCCAGGAUGGGUAAAAUUUUGAAAAAAACUUCGAAAAAUAAAAUAAGCCACUGGGAACUGUUUUUUAUUGGUUUUAACCCUUCUGAAAUUGUGAUAAUGUUCCCCUUUAAGAAAGUCAGUGAUUUCACUAUAAAAGUGGGUGACAUUGUUAUCACCUGGAAAGAUGAGAUCACCUACUUAGGUUCCAUUCUAGAAGCUAAUCUUUCCUGUGAUAAAAUGGCAACCAAGGUAAUCAAAAAGGUCAACCAAAGAACGAGAUUCCUCUACAGAAUGUCCUCUCUGGUCAACAAAAGCACCUUGAAGAUUCUAGCGGGAACUCUCAUUCAACCCUUUUUCGAUUACGCUUGCACCUCCUGGUACCCCAGCACCUCCAAAACCCUCAAAUCUAGACUCCAAACAUCCCAGAAUAAGCUAGUCCGGUUACUUUUAGACCUCCACCCCAGAUCACACCUCACUCCAACCCACUUCUCCAAAGUGGGCUGGCUCAGGGUGGAGGACAGAGUAAAACAACUUGCACUGAGCCUAGUCUAUAAAAUCCGCUACACCUCCUUGAUACCGAAGUACAAGUCCAACUACUUCCUUAACGUAAAUGACCGCCAUAACCACAACACCAGGGGCAGCUCCACAAACCACGUUAAACCCAGAUUCCGAUCUAACAAAGGUCUUAACUCAUUCUCUUUCUAUGCCACAUCAAUGUGGAAUGCACUCCCAACAGGUGUAAAAGUAAGUGCAUCUCUAUAUUCUUUCAAAAGCGCUCUAAAACAACACCUCCAGGCAACUUCAACCCUUUACUAAUACCCUCCUCCAUUCACAUCCCAUCUCCCCGGAUUAUAAAUAACCUAAUGUAAAUAAUCAAAUGUUCUUCUAAUGUACAUACUUGUUCUUAUGCUAUGUGAACUCACUAUGUUCUCUGCUGGCUGUACAUAUCCUACUGUAAGACCUACACUGUUUCAAUGUCCACAUUUCUCUGUUGAUGCAAUUGUUGAUGACUGAAGUACUGAUAUCAACCAAAAAUCCGCAUCCCACCCCCAGAUUGUAAAUAAUGUAAAUAAUUCAAUGUAUAUACUAUGAUGAUUAACCUGUGUGAUGACUGUAUUAUGCUGAUAGUAUAUAUUUGUACCAUGAAUUGAUUAACGUGGAC